AUGAGCACCGGCAAGUGGACGAGACUCAUUCGCUUUGUCGCUCAAGAUGGCCAAACCUAUUUUGGUCAGCCAACAUCUGUCGAUAGCAAAGGCUACCUCCCUUCUGGCAUCAAGGCUCGAGUAAUCACUGGAAACCCUCUUGGAAGUUACAAGAUUACGGAUCAGGUCGUGGAGGUUAAAACGCUGCUGGCUCCUCUGGAACGUGUACCCAUAUUCAUUUGCAUCGGCCUAAACUACCGCAAACACGCCGCCGAAGCAGGCAUGCCAACACCACCGCAUCCAAUUAUAUUCACCAAACCAUCUAUGGCUGCUGCUGGCCCUGACGAAGCUGUUCGUAUCCCGAAAGUCGCGCAAGACAAGUCGGCAGACUUUGAAGCUGAGCUUGGUGUUGUUAUUGGCAAGACUUGUCGAAAUGUUUCGGAGCAGGAUGCGUUGCAGUAUGUUGCUGGGUAUACAGUCUGUAACGAUAUCUCUGCUCGCAAGUGGCAGCGAUCGACGUCGCAGUGGACGUUUGGAAAAUCGUUCGACACAUUCGGCCCAUAUGGCCCUCAGAUCGUCUCAACAUCAGAAAUCGCGGACGCAGGCACACUCGACUUGAAACUGCGCCUAAACGGAAAAGAAUUACAAAACUCAAACACCUCAGACUUGAUAUUCAAUAUUCGCCAAAUCAUUGCUCAUUGCUCAAAAGGGACUACACUGGAGGCUGGAACUGUGAUUAUGACUGGUACUCCUGAGGGAGUUGGUAUGGCUAGGAAGCCACCAGUUUAUAUGAAGGAUGGUGAUAUUCUGGAAACCGAAAUCGAAAAAAUUGGGAUUCUUCGCAACAAGAUCCAGCAUGAAUAA